CUAAUGCAUUUUCAAGUUUUCAGUUAAUAUUGUGGUAUUUUUAUAAUGGUCUCGACUGAUUAACCGCUGAUGGUCUAAUGGUUAAGGUUCUUAAGUCAAGGUUGUAUGAAUGGACUGCUUCAGAAAGUAUGUACCUUACGUAUGGAGGUCUCCAACUUUGUCCCUCCCCUUUCUUAACGCUCUCUAAGCUGCAUUGUGUAGGCUUGAAAAGGCAGGUUAGUUGUCUGCACCUUCUAAUCUAUGGACGCACGGAAGAACAUGACUCCAGCGAGGUUUCCCUGACUGCUUGCAGUUCACAAGAGGAGAGCAGACUGUUUGGGAUCUGGAGAGGUUGGAGUGUACUGGAGAUAUUUAUCGGCUAUUGACACACCAGGCACCAAGUCAAAAUGCCCCGUGGCCUCUUGAACUUGGUGUUUUUGCUGAGUAUAACCGGCUGCCUUUGUCAAAGGGAUUGCACUGGUGUAAAUUGCCCUGAAUUGCAUAACUGCAUCGAAGAGGUUUUGGACACUGGAGCAUGUUGCGCUACCUGCAUGCAAACGGGCUGCAUGUGCGAGGGUUACCAGUAUUACGACUGUGUCAGUGCUGGCUUUAGAACCGGCAAAGUUCCAGAAGGCGAGUCGUACUUUGUGGACUUUGGGAGUACUGAAUGCUCCUGCCCACAAGGAGGUGGACGGAUCAGCUGCCAUUUUAUUCCAUGCCCUGAGCUUCCAGCCAACUGUAUAGAAUUGUUGGAACCGUCAGAUGGGUGCAUUCAGUGCGAGCGAAUUGGAUGCGUUCACGAGGGGCAGAAGUACGAUGCUGGACACUCAUUCCAAAUUGACCCUUGCCAAGUAUGCCACUGCCCAAAUGAAGGAGGGAACCUAAUGUGCUAUCCGAUUCCAAACUGUGACCCAAAUCGCACGUCAAAACCCAUGCUGACCACAACAGCUGAGGACAGCACACCAGAGAGACGCUACCAAGACCCUAUGCGGCACAUUGUUAACCAUCAAGGCUCUAGAGGUCGUUUUAACAAACACUUUCCUUCACACAGCGAUAGCAAUCUUCCUUUUAAGCUACAUAUGAGAAACAUAGAUGAGAAGGAAGAGGAUGAUGAAGACUAUGAUUAUCCACCCACUGAUUCCUUAGCUCCAUCUCUGCAUGAUUUUGCUGCUCCCACGGAGUCAUCCAUCAUCUCUGUAUCUCAUUCAGAUAUUUUCACCCCCCGCCAGGGCAUGCACAGGGGAGCCAAGCAAGAGCUGAGGGAGAUGCUUGGUAUUCGUAAGUCCACAACAGACAGGCCGCAGUUUCCUUUCCAUAAGGAAAGUACUGACGGGAUGAUUGUCGGCAUUCAUAACGACAAAGCAAAAAAUGAGCUAUUCAGCCCUCUGAAAUAUGAAACAGAUCGGGAACAAUUCAUCCUUCCUUUGGAAACUACAUACAGAGUGGGAUUCUCCACACACGACGAUACCACAGAGAUACAGAACUUUAGUCUUUAUAAAGACAACUCCAAUCAAGAGGCCCAAACAGAUGAUGAACAGCUUGAAUUUCCUUCAGAAACUACUGAUGGGGAUACAUAUACCUCACAGGAUGACACCACAUACAGCACAAUGGUUACUGACUCUCCGAUGGCUGUUGAGCAAACUACAUCUCCUCUUUGGGAAACCACAACUUCAUUGCAGACCACUUGGGACGGUGUAUCAGAGAGUCAAAUUCAUUCACAUCACAUUCACCCCCACACUGUGGAAACAGAUGGCUCCAUAGAAAAAGAAACAAUCACAAGAGGUUCUAGUAAGGAAAAAGCAGCUGUUUUGAAUUCAACUACUAGAUUUGAUGGUACUCAGUAUGAACAUAUCCUAAGUAUUCAAAGUUCAUUUAAGCAAAGUGUGACCAUCCCUACCGAAACUUUAACAGAACAUGGAAAAUCAGAGGCAGAACUUGAAGAGGAACACAAAAGACAUUCAGUGGACCACAAAGAACCUUCUGUAGACCACGAACAGCAUCCUGCUGAACACAUAAAACCCCUUGAGCGCCAAAAACCUGGAGCAGAACAUGUGCAGACUUUAGGAGAAAACAACACAGAGCUUGAAAGGAAACAUCAGUGGCAGUUGUUCUCUCCAGUUAAAUUUAGUCCAACCAGCCCACCUUCAAACAAACAGACCCACCGUCUGUUUAACUUCGGAGGGGAGGAGGAAGAGGCAGACAACACCCUCAGAACUCAUUCUAGGAUGGAGGAGGGGUUGGUGGAGAUACAGGGCUGUUGUGUGGCUGGGCAGAAAUGGGCAGAGGAGAACCGGCACUGCAACCGUAUGCCUGUCAAAUCAGAAGACCUCAACUCUGUAUGUGGGGUGGUCCAGAAGCAGUGCUGUUCAGGUGCUCUAAGAGAGAGCAGGUGUCAGGCUGGCAUAAAUGCAGCAAGGGCCGGACGUGCCUGUGAGGAAAACAGCCCACUCUGUGGAGAAGAUUCCCAAACGGAUUGCUGUAACUGCUGUGCGCUGGGUCUGCGUUUGCGGAGGGAAGGUAAAGGUUGUGAAGCACAUCAGCACCUGAGCUACCCAUGUGGACACGUCUUCCUCACGUGCUGCGAGGAGGGAGAGGAAGGACUUGCUCCACCUACGAUCAAGAAAAAACAGAGGCCUCAACCGACUGCUCUUCCUAAGAAAGUAUCAGACAGUCAGUUUCGGAAGCAAGCAUUGUCGGCUGGGGAUGUGGAUCCUGCAGCGAAUUCACUGGAGGAUUUGGAGCAUGAUAACUGGUGCCAGAGAUCUGCACCGCUCUGCCAUCACACCUGCAUCAACACUCGUGAAUCCUACCUGUGCGCCUGCUACCCUGGAUACACACUCCUGCAGGAUGCCCGCACCUGUGUGCCAGAUAACCAGGAAGAAGACAACAGAGUAAGUGAGGAAGACAGGCAGCUUACAGUAGCUCCAGCAAGACAAGAAACUGCUACUCAAACCCUGGUCUUACGUAACCCAUGUGCAGGUAAUGGGCCCUGCUCUCAGCAGUGCUCUGUUGUUAGAGGACUGGCCCAAUGUUCCUGUUUCCCAGGAUUCUCUCUGAUGGCUAAUGGACACACCUGUGAAGAUGUGAACGAGUGUGUGACAAACACGCAUACCUGCCAGGCCAACGAGCGCUGCGUAAACACGGUAGGAGGGUUUGUGUGCGAGAGGCAGAUCUCAUGUUCGAGCGGUUACCAGCUGAGGAAUGGAGUAUGUGAAGACAUCGAUGAGUGUGUUACGCGAACCCAUAACUGUGGGAUGGGCUUCCAGUGUCAGAACACUGAUGGCUCAUUCACGUGUAACCCGAAGCAAGGCUGCCUCACAGGCUUCACUCAGGACUCACAUGGCAACUGCAUCGACAUCGAUGAAUGCAGCAGUGUGAAAGAACCAUGUACGUCCGGCUUUAACUGCAUAAAUACUGUGGGCUCUUACACCUGUCAGCGCAAGAUUAUCAUGUGCAGUCGGGGUUACCAUUCCAGUCCUGAUGGAGCACGAUGUAUUGAUGUAGAUGAAUGUCAGACGAGCACCCACCGCUGUGGAGAGGGCCAAAUCUGUCACAACCUGCCCGGCAGCUACCGCUGUGACUGCCAAACCGGCUACCAGUACGAUGCCGUUCGCCAGCUCUGUAUGGAUGUAAAUGAGUGUUGGAGGUACCCGGGCCGCCUGUGUGCCCAGACCUGUGAUAACACGCCGGGCUCCUACCAGUGCUCCUGUACCACUGGCUUCUCCCUGGCCUUUGAUGGCAAGAACUGUGAAGAUAUUAAUGAAUGUGACAGCAAUCCCUGCAGUCAGGAGUGUGCAAACAUGUAUGGCUCUUACCAGUGUUAUUGCCGAAUGGGCUACUACCUGAAAGAGGAUGGGCACACGUGUGAAGAUAUCGACGAGUGUUCACAGAGCAUUGGAAACCUCUGUGCAUUCCAGUGUGUGAACGUCCCAGGUAGCUACACAUGUGCCUGUCCUCCCCUUGGUUACUCUAUGUCACCUAAUGGACGCACCUGUCAAGAUAUUGACGAAUGUGCCAUUGGAUCACACAAUUGCUCUGCUUCCCAGACUUGUUUCAACAUCCAAGGAGGCUUCCGUUGCUUGUCAUUUGCAUGUCCAGACAACUACAGGAGAGUUUCAGAUAUACGCUGCGAGCGAAUAAGUUGCCCCAACUUCCAGCAAUGCCAGACCAUGCCAUUACGCAUCACGUACUACCAGCUGAGCUUCCAGACCAACAUCAUCAUCCCAUCUCAGAUCUUCCGCAUCGGACCCUCGCCCGCCUACUCGGGUGACAACAUCAUCAUCAGCAUCCUGCGAGGAAAUGAGGAUGGCUACUUCAGCACACGGAAGCUUAACAGCUUCACAGGCGCAGUGUACCUGCAACGGCAGGUGCGAGAGCCGCGGGACUUCCUCAUUGACGUGGAAAUGAAGCUGCUGCGUCAAGGAACUUUCACAACUUUCCUGGCCCGCAUCUACGUGUUCAUCACAGCAAACUCCAUGUGAUAUUACACUCAUCUAAUGACGCCUUUGAUUCCACAUGGUGCUAAACUCUUCAAGCUUUUGCCUUGAAGUUGUCAUCUGGCAGAUCUUUAGGCUUCUGUUUGCCUAACAGAUUUUGCUCAGAGAGAAUUUGAUGGGACUCUCCCACUGGGAUCCAAUCGCUUUUUUUUUUUUUUGAGUAGAGUGAGAACAAACAGGAUGGAGUACAAAGAGUGACAGAAACAUUUGGCUUUAAAAAGUCCUGGUUUUUCCUCUUCAAAGUUUUGAAAGUACUCUACACCAGCUGCUAUUUAUACUGUACCAAUUUAUCUUGAUUGCCUGAAACUGCUUUUUAUAGCACUUCAUUACUUUUCUAAAAACACUAUGAUUCUCCUUGGGGGUUGGCAGAAUAGAGCUGAGGUAGAGUUACACAUUUGUAAUGGCUGUCACGAUUCAUCCAUAGGCCGGUCAAGUACUGUGCCAUUUAAACAUCUAUUAAUUUCACAGCUCUUUCGAAAUAACUGAUAACUGUAUUUGAAAAUGUAUCUAUGAUAAUACACAUGAGUGCCUCAGUUCAGAGCAAACCAGCCUGCCAAAGAGAACAUGUCUGUAAUCAUUGCGUUAAACACCUGCAAUUAAAAAGGUGUAUGAUUGUUAUUAUUAAUUCUAAUGUUUGUUUCAAAUGCGCUUCCUUUGUAGCUCUUGGUGCUAAUAUACCAUUUUGGAAACAUUUGACACGCAUACAUGAAGAGUGUGUACGCUCCAAAGCAGCACUGAGAAUGUUUUCAUUGUUACUUUGUAAUACUGGACCUAUUUUGAUGAAUUACUGUCUUGAAAAUCCGUCUCAGGGUAAAAGCAUAAAAUCAUCUUGAUAUACUCUCUAACGCACAGCAUAUAUGAAAUCAUAACAAAAUUCUACUUAUUACCGAUAAACAUAUUGGGUAUCAACAUAAAAGAGCUUCAUAUUCAUUAAAUUCAUGGAACAACCAAAUGCAUCAGUGUAAUAAUGUAGUCCAUAUUAUCUGCCUUAGUAGAUUCAGUUCUUCAAUAAAGCAACAUCAAUCCUUUUAUUAGUAUCUUAGUCAUUACUUCAGAUGUUUGUCACUUCAAUUGUUUGAGCGGUUUGAUUAUUUUAUUAAAAGUGAAAUAUCACCUCCUAGUGGUGAAAAAAUGAACUAUAGCUUGUGGCCUGAGGCUCACUGUGCAUAUUGCAUUAGCAAUAAACCACCAUCAAAUUUUAUGAUGAUAUAAUUGCACAAGUAAUGAAGCAUUUUAUUGUACUAUCAAAUGCAUUUAGAAUCAACCCUAUUUUUGUUCAAUACAUGUUCCUCCUGGUCUUUUUGUGAACAAUUUCUCAGCGCUUGUUAUUAAAAAGAAAAAAUGCUUGUAAUCUUUAAUAAAAAAGCAAUAACUUGCU